GCUGGGACUUUAGUCCGGUCGCCUCGUGAACGCGCGUCCCCCGUGCACGAGCAGCCCUGUUUGUUUGUGUUGAGAGAUUGGAAAUGGCGGAGAGCAGAGAGGAGAGCGAUAACUUGGUUUAGCAAACGCAACUGCACCGCCACCGACACGCACAAACCCGCGAGCGUGAUCCACUGAGUCCCCCGCCAUUCGCUGCUGCCGACCGGACUCGCGUGGCCCCCACGGACGGCGUGAAAAACGGAUAUUUGGAGCGAGAUUUAGCAAAAAGCUUGGCUAGCUGGCUGAGCUAACCGAGCUAGCAGCCUGGCUAACUUCACGUCGUGUGUGAUUUCGACCACGCAGGCUUGUUUGUCAACAAAAGCUGACGUUAAAUUGACAGCGAGCCAGCUUACAUACAACUUCUGGAAAGUUUCCAGAUUAACCCACGCGUGUUUUUAACAUGGUCGCGACGCUUGACCGCAGUAUUAUCAACCUAAAGUAGGAGAGGAUAAAAAAAAAAGUGAGACAGCUGAGUGAGUAUCCUCGCUGCGACCAAGCAGUAGGUUAAGCUGGUUAGCCAAGUUAGCCGACUGGCAUUGGUUGAAGCUAGGAAGUAAUCAACGGAACCGGACGGAUCUGCGGAACCAAGCCGAAGCGGAGCCCGAACAGAGGCCGGCUGGCUUCUCCCUGCACCUGGGAUGGUGCCAUGUGACAGUACGGCGGCGGAGCCCUAACCUCGCCACCGGCGCUCCAUCACCUCAACUUUAAGCCGUUCGCCCUCCAGUGACCUCACCUGCAGAGUCCCCUUCAUUCCUUUUAUCUGUGGAGAGAGCCCAGAAGGAGGCCCCCAAAGCCACCACAUGACUCAUUCACUGGAGCCCUAGACCAAGUAGAUCAGUCUAAGCUGAAAAUGAGUGCGGUCGGGGAAAGCCCCCUGGACCCAGCCACGCCAGAGUCACGCAAGAGGAAGGGCUCGCCAUGCGAUACAUCGGGGCAAAGUGUGGAGAAGCGAAGGCGGGAGCUGGAGUGCCGCUACAUCGAGGAUCUGGCUGAGCUGGUGUCGUCCAACAUGGGCGACAUUGCCAGUCUGAGCGCCAAGCCGGACAAGUGCCACAUCCUGAGGAGCACCGUGGACCAAAUCCAGCAGAUCAAACGGCGGGAGCAGGAGAAAGCAGCUCUUCUGUCUCCAGACGACGACGUGCAGAAGAGCGACGUCUCCUCUAGCAGUCAGGGUCUGGUGGAGAAAGAGGCGCUGGGGCCCAUGCUGCUGGAGGCCCUGGACGGAUUCUUCUUUGUGGUCAACCGCGAGGGCCGCAUCGUCUUCGUUUCUGAGAACGUGAUCGGUUACCUUGGCUACACCCAGGAAGAGCUGAUAAACUCGAGCGUCUACACCAUCCUCCACGUGGGAGACCACAAUGAAUUUGUCCGCAAUCUGCUGCCUAAAAGCCUCGUGAACGGAGCGCCAUGGCCGCAGGAAGCCGGCCGCAGGAACAGCCACACUUUUAACUGUCGCAUGCUGAAGCGGCCGCCGGACGAGGCGGACGCCGAGAACCUGGAGGCGCGGCAGCAGUAUGAGAUCAUGCAGUGCUUCACCGUGUCGCAGCCGCUGCCCGUCCAGGAGGACGGAGACGACUUGCAAAGCUGCCUGAUCUGCAUCGCCUGUCGGAUUCCACGCACCGAGUCUUUUAUUACAAAGCAGGACCCGGCAGGGAAGAUCAUCUCCAUAGAAACCAGCGCUCUGCGAGCGACAGGCCGGCCUGGCUGGGAGGACCUGGUCAGGAAGUGCAUCUACGCGUUUUUUCAGCCGCAGGGAAAGGAGCCCUCGCAUGCCAAGAAGCUGCUGCAUGAAGUGAUGGCCCACGGCACCGCCGUCAGCCCUCUGUACCGAUUCACGUUAAGUGACGGGACGCCGCUCAGCGCUCAGACUCGCUGCAAGUUCUGCUGCCCACCAAAACCCGACGUACAGCCCUUCAUCAUGGGCAUCCACACUAUUGACAGGGAACACAACACUGCUAGCUCUCAGGAAAACACUAACCCCAGCCUUCCUCCAACCCCCAGCAGUAUUGCUCACACCCCGUCCCGGUCCCCUUCGCUCCCCCCCGGCAGUAACUCAAACCAAGGCUCUGUCCUUCACGCCAACAACAGCGGACACAACCCCUCCACACCAACAGGCUACCUGACGCCCAACCGGACGAACUGCCCCCAGGAGGUCAGCAGUCCCUCGGCUCUCAGCAGCCCUCACACAGCCACCUCUACCUCGUUUAUGUCGCCCAGGAUGCCGCGAGCCAGUCCUGGGUUGGGGGGAAGCCCUCGGGUCCCGGGGAACCCCUUCUCCCCCUCCACGCCGGGGCUCCAGUCCCCAUCGGGGGCACUGAGCAGCGGUGGGUCGGCAGGCUCUUUCCCCCUGUCGUCUCCUGGACUUCAGAGACAAGCCAGUAUGCCCACCGGCUCCUCCACUCGCCCGCUGUCGGCAAAGCCCCAAAAGGGAGCGGGAGACGGGGGAGAGGACUCGAAUAAGGCCCCCCUUCCAUCUGCCUCACCACUGGGGAACCCCAGACUCAACCAGCUCCUGGACAGCAGUGUCACAGGAGCUGAAUCCAACAACAACAACUCAUCACCUCAUCCUCCUCACCCCUCCCUGGGUCCUCAGUGCCCCGCUUCCCACAGCAGUCUGACGGAGCGGCACAAGAUCCUGCACCGGCUGCUCCAGGACAGUAGUCCCAACGACGCCGCCUCCACCGCCGCCGCAGAGGACGGAGGGAAUAAAAAUGAAGUUGAGAUCAAGAAGGAGCCGCCAGUCAGUCCGGCGCUGAGCACAGCGUCCCACAAGUCCAACUCCAGAGAACCGCAGGACCACCAGUUACUGCGAUUUCUCCUGGAUACAGACGAAAAGGACUUGGGCGACCUUCCCCCUCCGUCAGCCCUGAGCCUCCAGACGGUCCGAGUGAAGGUGGAGAAGAGAGCCAGUGGCGACGGCCUCACCUGCUCGGGUUCGUCCAUCCCAGCCGGCGGGACGCCCAAACUACCAGGAGUCCCUGUCGGCUCGGCUGGCGCCAGCCCCAAAUCCAGUCUUCUGGGAGAGAACCGCAGAGACUCCACGUUACCUAUUGGACCUGCUGAUCCGGACGCUCUCAGCCAGCUUCUGCCCGGCCUCAGAGGUCCGCUCGGAGCCAAACAGGGCAGCGAGGAGUCUGUGAAUCCCGGCGGAGGCGCACAGCUCCACUCUCCCUCCACGCAGCUCCCAGCUCUUCUCCAGUCCCCAGUGCCUCACCUCCAGUCGCCCCUGUCCCAGCCUCAGUCUGUCCCCCAGCUGCAAUCCCCGUCGCCACAGCUGCACUCCCCGUCCCACCAGGUCAAGCUGCAGUCCCCCACUCACCUGCAGUCCCCCACUCACCUGCAGCCCGGUGAGGUUUGCACUCCCCGCAAUGUAAAUGUGAAGAGAGAGCCGCCAGGGACUCCGAACAGAGGACUUGUUGAUGGCGUCCCGACCUCAGGCUGCAGCCUCCAGACACAGCCAUCGUUUGAUUUUUGCAACCCUGCCACUCCAAGCCAACAACAGGGAGACCUCUUCCAGACCCCCAAGGAUAGCAGUCCUUUUCCAGAGACCGAAGUCAUCAACCCUUUUGCUCCGAGUACUGGGCUGACGAAGAUGGAUGUGGGAGAUUCCCAGUUCCAGCCUCUGGCUCUGACUGACACUUUGUCUUUUGAUGGACAUGGAACUCCUUUACAAUCCUCAUUAGCGUCACCACAAGAACAGCGUGUGCCGUGCACGCUGGACGAAGAGCUGGGCCCGCCGACCACGCCUGAAGCCCGAAACGAUGAGAAGGCUCUGAUCGAGCAGCUCGUGUCCUUCCUGAGCGGGACGGACGAGAGUGAACUGGCCGAACUGGACAAGGCCCUGGGUAUCGACAAACUGGUUCAGGGUGGCUGCUUUGACCCUUUCCCCCAAAAUUUCCCACCCCAGCAAUCCACUGCCACCCCGGUUUCCAUGGACCCCAAACUGCUCUCCUACACCUCCCAGUUCCCUCCAGCUUCACAGGCUCCAUUUCCUCCAGAGCUGGCCGCGGUGGGGCAGCAGGGCGUGACAUUCGGAGCCCCCCGCGGGGCCUUCCCCAUGGGGCUGAGGCCUGGCAUGACCAGACCGCAGGGAAUGGGCCCCCAACUCAGGCUGCCGCCCAACCAACUGCGGCUGCAGCUGCAGCAGAGACUGCAGGGCCCGCAGCAGCUCCAGAACCGACUGGCAGCCAUGAAUUCAUUUCCAGGAGGAUCCCAGCAAGUGAACAUGGGGGUCCGACAGGCGGUCCAGUUACCCCAAAUGUCCUCACAGCAGCCGCCGCUGAAUGCCCAGAUGCUAGCGCAGCGUCAGAGGGAGCUCUACAGCAUCCACCACCGGCAGCAGCAGCAGCAGCUCCUCCAGCACAAGGUCAGGCUCAUGAGACAGAACAUGGUGGCGGGCGCGCUGGCCGGGGGCCCGGGAACCCCCAGGGCACCAAAAGGCCCCCCGACGACGUCUCAGCAGCAGUUCAGCUUCCCGCCGGGGUUUGCCCCGAUGGCAGGCAGCACCCCUACCUCACCGAGUCACUUCAGCUCCUCUCCGGGGGCCCCGUUGGACACCAAGAUGUCCGCCAGGGGGCCCCUGAGCAACCAGUCGCUGCUGGGUGGCUUACAGGGCCAGUUUGAUGCCGCCGGGAACCCGACGAUGCAGCAAGGGCUGUUUCAGCAGUUUGGAGGAUCUGCUGCGGUGCAACAAGAUCCCCCAUUUCCUCCUGAGAUGAGCCCCACAAGCCCAUUGUUAUCACCUCAGAACUCCACCUCCCAGAGUCCCCUGCUUCAGCAGGCACCAACUCCUGGCUACCAGUCACCAGACAUGAAGAGCUGGCAGCAGACAGGCCUGGGCGGCCUGUUCAGUCAGUCAGGACAGAGUGCAGGGCAGGCGUUUGGCCAGCAGGGGGUGUACAACAACAUGAGCAUCACCGUCUCCAUGGCUGGAGGCACAGGCGGCGUCAGCUCUUUACCUGCAAUGGGACAGGCGGUUGGGAUGAGCAACAGUAACCUCAACAACGUCAGCUCAGUGUGCAGCGACCAGCAGGUGCAGCAGGUCCAGGUGUUUGCUGACGUCCAGUGCACGGUAAACCUUGUCGGCAGCGACUCCUACCUGAACCAGGGCUCGAUGGGGGCUGCGGCUCCCCAGAAGGGCCCCGUUCCCCAGGGCUCGCAGGCCACCCAGGCCCAGCAGAAGAGCCUCCUCCAGCAGCUCCUCACUGAGUGACGCCCGCCCCAUCCCGUCAGCUCUCCCGCUCCCUCCCACUGUUCUUUACCGCCGCCGCUGCUUUGGAGGCCGGCGCACCAGACCCAUCGCUGUCUCUGUCUCACCUUUUGGACGGACCGGACGGAGUCAGCGGGUGUCGGUGGAGGGGCCUGGUCACUUCACCGGGCCAGAACCUAAAGGAGCAGCGGUGUUAUUUAAACCUGCCUGUCUAAUCUGUCUGACAACCUGUCUGUCUGCCUCAGCCUAUUAAAGGCAGUGUUGUCUUGCUGCUCAUUUCUCGGUGACCUACUUCCUGCUUCCUGACCCAAGACAAAACAACUGCGACGUCAUUGUAGAUUUGCCAGGUUUUCGUCACUGUCGAAUCAGGGCCGACCUCCUCUUUCUUUCUUCAUUUCUUUUUUGUUUUUUCUGUCUUGAUGACGGGAACUCCCGCACAUCCACAGCACCUCUGGCUUUUUAUCUCCCUUUGUUUGUCUCGUUUCCGUUCGUCUCUUUCUCUCUCAGCGAUGUGGGAAUGUUAAGGUUUCAGACCUCAGCGGCAUUGUGGGAUAGAAGCUCAGUAUCAGCUGGUUCUGGGACUGGUCCUCUCUAUCUGCUGCAGUGCCUGGUGGAAGUGUGAGUUUCUCCCAAGCUCUGCUUCUUCUUUUUUUUUCUAUUCUGGUUUUAUUUUUUAUGUUUUGGGUUGUUUAAAAAAAAAAAAUCUGCUCUCUCUCCGUCAUCAUCAUCAUCAUUACGACCUCCAGAACAAGCUUUGACACCAACCGGGACGGACAGAUGAAUGGGAGUCAGAGGGGAUGCUGCUCAGUUUUGAACUUAGAUGUCUUUCUUUAUUUUUUAUUUCUGUCAGAGUAUAAAAACAGACUGUUAUGAUUAUUUAACUCUUGUCCGUCACAUUUUAGCCUCACCUCAGCAGAUGUGAAUCCAGAAGUCCUCUCCUCCUCUCGUUCUCUUUCACGGUUCCUCUCAGCCUAUCAGUGUUGUUUGCCACGUGCAUCAUGCAGGCGGGUAGUAUUUGUACAUUACAGAAGGACAAAGACUUUGGGGGUGAGCUAACCUAUUAUCUUGUAACUGCUUUCCUUUUGAGAUAAAAAGAAAUGUAAUUAAUUGAAUACUCAGAAAAAGAAAAAUGUAUAAUUUGAUUCGAUCCAUUUAUUUUAUUUUAUUUUUUAUUAGAUUUAAAUAAGUUCUAAUAAUGUCUGCUCAUUUUUGAGAUUUUUUUGACAUAUUGUGACACAGCUACAUGUUGCAGUGGAGGAGGAAGUUAUUCCAGCUUCUAAAAAUGUGAAAUUUUAAGCAAUUUGACUUUGAAAAAAAUUAGAUAUUAGUGGCUCCCUUUUUUUUUUUUUUUCAAAC